AUGUCUCGAGUUCACAGUAUGCAUCCCAAGGAGACCAUGCGUCAGCUUAGUUUAGCAGUAAAGGAUGGCCUUGUUGUCGAAACCUUGACUGUGGGAUGCAAGGGUUCAAAAGCUGGUAUUGAGCAAGAAGGAUACUGGCUGCCUGGGGAUGAGAUUGACUGGGAAACAGAAACUCAUGACUGGUAUUGUUUUGAAUGCCAUUUGCCUGGAGAGGUGUUGAUAUGUGACCCGUGUUUUCGUGUGUAUCAUUCCAAGUGUUUAUCUGAUGAGUUCAGGCUUAGAGACAGCAGUAGUCACUGGCAAUGCCCAGUUUGCAGGAGCAUUAAGAAGAAGAACACCAGUAAGCAGGAGAUAAGCACAUACUUGCGUUUCAUUGUCUCCCGAAUGAAGGAACAGGCUAUUGAUCUAAACAAAAAAGGCAAAGACAACAAACAUCCAAUGUAUCGUCGGCUAGUACACACAGCCAUUGAUGUUUCAACCAUACAGGAGAAAGUAAAUGAAGGAAAAUACAGAAGUUAUGAGGAAUUCAAAGCAGAUGCUCAGCUGCUUCUACACAACACUGUGAUUUUUUAUGGAGUGAACAGUGAACAAGCUGAUAUAGCCAGGAUGCUUUACAAAGAUACCUGCCAUGAGCUGGAUGAACUUGAGCUUUGCAAGAACUGUUUUUAUUUAUCAAAUGCGCGUCCUGACAAUUGGUUCUGCUAUCCUUGUAUACCAAAUCAUGAACUGGUUUGGGCCAAAAUGAAAGGCUUUGGAUUCUGGCCUGCGAAAGUCAUGCAGAAAGAAGACAAUCAAGUUGAUGUUCGCUUUUUUGGCCAUCACCACCAAAGGGCUUGGAUUCCUUCAGAAAAUAUUCAGGAUAUCACCGUUAAUAUACACCGGCUACAUGUAAAGCGUAGCAUGGGCUGGAAAAAAGCAUGUGAUGAGCUAGAGCUGCAUCAACGUUUCCUUCAGGAUGGCAGAUUCUGGAAAUCCAAAAAUGAAGAUAAAGGAGAAGAGGAAGCAGAAUCGAGCAUUUCUUCUACCAGUAAUGAGCAACUAAAGGUUACUCAGGAGCCAAGAGCAAAGAAAGGAAGACGCAAUCAAAGUGUGGAACCUAAAAAGGAAGAGCCAGAGCCUGAAACGGAAGCAGUGAGUUCAAGUCAGGAAAUCCCCACAAUGCCUCAACCCACUGAAAACAUUUCAGUCUCAACCCAGACCAAGAAACUAAGUGCCUCUUCCCCUAAAAUGCUGCACCGGAGCACCCAGACGAAUAACGAUGGCAUGUGUCAAAACAUGUGCCACGAGAAAUACACCAAAAUCUUCAGCGACUUCAAGGAUAGAAUCAAGGCUGAUCACAAGAGGGAAAUAGAGAGGGUUGUGCGGGAAGCUGUUGAGAAGCUGCGUAUGGAAAUGGAGGAGGAAAAAAGGCAGGCUGUAAACAGAGCAGUUGCAAAUAUGCAGACUGAGUGUGACCGAAAGACAAAGCAGGUGAAGGAGAAAUGCAAGGAGGAAUUUUUAGAAGAAGUUAAGAAGCUAGCCAGUCAGCACAAGCAGCUGAUCUCUCAAACCAAGAAGAAACAAUGGUGCUACAACUGUGAAGAGGAGGCCAUGUAUCACUGCUGUUGGAACACUUCCUAUUGCUCCAUCAAGUGUCAGCAGGAGCACUGGCAUGCAGAGCACAAACGUACCUGUCGUCGGAAAAGAUGAAAGCUUCCUCACCCCACCAAGUUAUUGCCCUGAUUCAGUGCUCUCCUCUAACUCAGCAGGUGCUGGAGAUCUUCUCUGGUUUUUCAUGUUGAUUUCCAAGGGGUCAGAAUUAAUGUGAAUUCAUUCCCAUUUAUUAUUAUUAUUAUUGCACCAGCCUUUUCGUAAAUAAAUGUUUGCACAGUUAAAUUUCAGUCCUGUGUUUUAACACUCUGCUUCGGACUGUCAUCUCCUUGUGGCCCUCUUUUCCCUUCUUUUUGUCAGGAAGGCAAUUCAGAUCUCCACUGAAGCA